AAAUGACAGAUUUUCCCCUGCUCUUCUUUUCUCUUUUUUCAUCUUAUGCCUGGUACCACAUCCUGGCGUCACUCGACGGCGCUUGCAGCAGCUACACUGAUGUGGAAUUUGUCCCUGAUUAUCUCCGAGACGCGCAGCAGCGUUUAAUCUGGGAGAGAACGAGACUUGACGUCGGCGGGGGCCAUGGUGGGAUACUGUCCGAUUUGUGGAAAGCCCGUCUACUUCGGUGAAAAGAAACGUUCCCUGGGCCGGGAUUACCACCCACUCUGCCUGAAGUGUCAGGAGUGUAAACGGCAGCUGACCCCGGGCCAGCACGCAGAGCACGACGAGAAGCCCUACUGCACCUACUGCUACAUGAAGCAGUUUGGGCCCAGAGGCGCCAGGAGACCCGUGUCACACUUCUGCAGCCCCACAGGGUCGUAGGGGAGGAAACCCUGUCUUCAGCUCGCCGAGUGAGGACCUUCGCAGGGCUAGACGUGCUGCCGGCACUCACCAGCAGGGGGCUCUGACUCCAGUGGGGUAAAGUGAAGUGCUGGGGAGGGGGUGCUUAAGGCACCAUAUCGUGAUAGGAGUGUCCAGCAUGGAACGUCAGAAACGAAGGCCUCCAGGGCCGGAUCAUUCCGGAAAUGCCUUCAUUCAUUAAAUAUCCAAACCUGACACCAGUAAAGGUGGGAAUUCACAUUCCAAUUGGCCAAUUAUUACAAGCAUAUUUUCUACAGUCUUUUUUAAAUUACUGUAAAUACAGCAUAAAUGUUUUUAUAUCUAUAGAAGCCAGUUGGCACUGAGAUUUAAAUGCUGUUAACAGUUAAACAGUUUUGACAAUAUUUAUUUGAUGUGCUUUUCUAUUGCAUCAUAUAUAUAUAUAUAUAUAUAUAUCACGCAAAGUAAUGCUCAUAUCUGCAUAGCAUCAUAUAAUAUUAAUGUCUGUUAUCGCAUAAACUGUUUAAAAAAAUGUGUGAGUUACAUAGUGACCAUUUAUAAUAAAGCUUAGCCUUUUUCAAUA